UUCCUGUAUUGAGGCCAGGCUGCACUUGGAUUGGCCAGCCUUCUUAUUUGGGUGGAUCUUCCACCCUGUCAGUUCCCCGCGGCGGAGGCAGUGCUGCAGCUGUGAUGGCAGCCCUGACGGAUGUACAGAGGCUACAGGCCCGAGUGGAGGAGCUGGAACGCUGGGUGUACGGACCAGUCGGAGCCCGCGGCUCGAGGAAGGUGGCUGAUGGUCUGGUCAAGGUGCAGGUGGCUUUGGGGAACAUUGCCAGUAAGAGGGAGAGGGUGAAGAUUCUGUACAAAAAGAUUCUGUGUUUCCAUCUUGGUACUUUUCUAGUUGAAGAUGUGAUCAAAUACCUGGACCCUGAGUACAUUGACCGUAUUGCCAUCCCUGAUGCCUCUAAGCUGCAGUUCAUUUUAGCAGAGGAGCAGUUUAUCCUCUCCCAGGUCGCACUCUUGGAGCAGGUGGAUACUCUGCUGCCCAUGCUGGACAGUGCUUCCAUUCAAGCCGUUCCCGAACAUGCUGCCCGCCUGCAGCACUUGGCCCAGAUCCAUAUUCAGCAGCAGGACCAAUGUGUGGAGAUCACUGACGAGUCCAAGACUCUCCUGGAAGAAUACAACAAGACUACAAUGCUUCUCUCUAAGCAGUUUGUGCAGUGGGAUGAGCUGCUUUCCCAGCUAGAGGCUGCCAAGCAAGUGAAGCCCGCAGAAGAGUGACAGCUACUCCCCAUCCCAGAGCAGCGGGCUCUGGGCCCUGUGCCAGUCUAUCCAGGCAAGAAAGCUUUGUAUUUAUUGGAUUCCAGGACCCCUAUCUGCCCUCAGGUGGGGCUCUGAGGUCAGAGAUCCAGUUACCUGGAAAUUGUGCUUUGCAAAAAUCCCCUCUCCCAUCAGUGUAUUUAUUCCAUGGCAAUAAACUGUGGAGAUCUCUGGAGAA